AUGGCCUUCAAGCGACUGGUCCGUUUCGCAGUGGGAGACCGUGUCUCCUUCGGCGAUCUACUCAGCGAAACUGGCAGCACGUACAAAGUCAGAAAAUUGACUGGUGACCCUUUCACUAAGUUGCAGCCCACUGAGGAGAUUGUGAAUGUCGACAAGCUCAAUGUUCCGAAAUACCCUCCCAUCUUCGUUAAGCCGGCUGAUGCGCUAGCCGGCCCCUUUGAGACUAUUGACAUUCACCCCGAUGCUCGUGAGAUGCUCGACUACGAAGGCGAGCUUACCGUCGUGGUGGGCCGAGAUGCGAAGAACAUUUCCGAGGAGGAGGCAUUGGACUACGUCCUAGGUUACACGGCCGGAAAUGACCUCUCUGCGCGUAACUUCCAAAUUCCCGAGGCAUCUGGGAUGCAAUUUGGAUAUUCCAAAUCCUUUGAUCAAUUUGGACCUAUUGGACAUACCAUUGUUGCGGCCAGCGAAAUUCCAGAUCCCCAGAAUCUUCGUCUGGUCACCAGAGUCAACGGACAGGUCAAGCAGCAGACCAGUACAAAUGACAUGAUCUGGAGUGUUCAGCAAAUUGUCAGCCACCUCUCACGAGGUAUGACUCUUCGCAAAGGUACCGUCAUCAUGACCGGCACCCCUGCUGGCGUGGGAUUUUUCAACAAGGAUUUCCUGAAGGCUGGGGACGUGGUGGAGGUGGAGAUUGAAGGCGUGGCGUCCGUCAAGAACGAGAUCCGUCCAGCCUCACGCCGCCACCUGUACGCAUCAUCACCUCCUGAACACCAAAUCACUAGCUGCAUCGUCACCAUCAUUCAGAAAACCGAAACUACCUCCGCCUCACGUACUUUUGGGAGGGGCAACAAUGCAAUCUGGUGCUCCUUCUCGAUUAGUGGGCCGUCGCCGACCAAAGUCUUCCAAGCAGGAACGUGCAUUAUAGGUCCCACACAAAGGAAAAGCCGUUUCAAUGUGCGGAUUGCGGAAGGGUCUAUACCAGACAACUCUCAAGGGGGAACGGGCGUCCUUCAUGUCACUCCUCCCACGACCGAGUCUGGUUUGGAGGGGCCUCCCGCGGCAACAUUGCAUCCAGUCUCACCAUCGGUCUCGUCACCUUCUACGAGUAAUAUCGCAACGAUAAGGACUCCUUCAAAUUACGAACUAGGACGUGUGGGAACGGCAACUGUGUCCGGAGGCAAUGAUCUAAACGUCUCCGCGGGAUUUGAUUUCCCUAUAACAUACUCACAGGAUACAGGUGUUGACUUGCAGGUGAACGAAGGCCUGGAUUUGUCGGGUGUCCCUAGCGUUGAGCUCGAGUCAGGCUGGGUCUCUUGGUUGAUGGGCGACAAAUUCGACUUGGAUGCUGUCAACUCGUCCUUACUACAAGCCACAGCUGGGGAAUUCUUGGCUGUUGAUCGAAUGCCGGACGAGAACCCAGUUGCUUCUGAUUCAUUCGGCGCUGGUCCACAGGCAACGGGUGCGGGAUUGGUGCCGAGUGGGGAUGCAAUUAGAGAGAAGUGGCACACCAACUGUGAACAGUCCACCUCGGGCGCCAUUUCCCCAGACCCCGCCAAUGACCGCAAUCAAAUUGACGACACGUAUCGCCACGAGCUCGCUAUGCGCCUUGAGCAACGCGUGCAAACCGGAAUACUUCCUUCGACGACUUUCCUAGUAAGCUUUGCACCCUUCUUUCUCCACGGAAUGACACCCAGUCUCUGGAAGAGCUACAAAGGCAUACGGAGGAAAAAAGGAAUUAAAGAUUGA